UCGUCAGUAAAAGUCGGGUCAAACGUCGCUUUUAAAAACGCAAAAGCUUAAAAGUAUAUAAAUACAGACUCGAUAAAAGAAUAUCUGCCACAGGUUAACUUUUUGUUUAGGUUAAAUUAGUUUUUCCUGCCUAAAACUAACCCAGAUAACACAUUACCAAUAUGCGAUAAUAGACAAGUGGGUCACAUACGAUUCAAAAUGGCGCGCUUCAAUUGACUUCAAUUUCACAUUGGUUGAAAACACAAGAUGCGCAAUCUAGUUAUAUAUAUGAUAUCUAUGGUUCCCGCCCACACAAAUAUGGUUUAAUUUUAUACGAAGCACUAUACGUACUCUCAUAUACUGUUACCCUCGUGUCUAUAUUUCAAAGUAUUGUGUACAGUGUUAGCAGAAACUAUAGAAAUGGUGGUCGUAUCAGAUUCUCGCAACAGAGUUGGGCAAGAUGCAGGAUUCUUUACUUCUUUGGAUGGCAUUUUAAAAGCUGUACAAUUCGUGUUGAGCCUAAUCACACUCAUAUUGGUUUCCUCUUCACAUUAUUGGACGAUUGUUGGUGCAGGGCAGAUGUCAUACGUUACAUUUGUAGCAUCUUUCUGUUGCACUUCCCUUGCCAUAAGUGCUUUCAUUUAUUUCUGCAAAUGUUAUAAUGGAUACUUGUUGAACAAACUGCCAUGGGAUAAACUUGAGCUUUUCUACAGCCUUGGAUGUGCGUUGAUGUUUUUCAUUGGAAUGUGUGUAUCUGCUAACAGUGCCGAUACGUUCAAAAACACAAGAGGAACAUUUGACGAACUAUUUAUAGCAUCAUCGAUCUUCUGUGUGCUUGCAAUGUUCGCUUACUUGGUUUAUGCUUUCCUUAUCUUUCGUGGUAGGAAGCCACGCAGUGUCCCACCUCCCCCCAUCCCUGAUAGUGUUUAAUUAAGUGUAAUAUUAUUGACAUCUCAAUUAUUUGGUUAUGUUACAGGUAAUGGCCGAAUUGUUUUUUAUUUGCCAACUUAACCAUAUAAGAAAACAUUAUUUGGACCGAACUUCUCAAAUAUUUGGUUAUGUUACAAGUGUUUGCCAAAUUGUAUUUUAUUGGCAAACUUGAAAAACAGUUCUUGUCCAACCUUUUCCAAACCUAUAAUAACAUAUCUCACCUUUUCAUUUAAAUCAGUUUAAAAUCACUUGUUUAUGAUAUCUAUCGAGGUUCAUAUAGAGACACUUUACUCAAGAUGUUUAAAAACUGGACUAUAACAUUUAUUUUAUAUUUCAAUAUACUGCACAUAACAUAUUGCAAUAUUCUGACAGUUUUAAAAAGUUUGUAUAAAAACACGUAACACUCAAACAACACAAAAUUUGAAAUAUAUAAUAUAUGUGCUAGUGUUGUUUGAAACAUGUAAUAUUAUUUUGGAAUAGCAGUACUGUAUGGCAAUACCAAAUACUAAAAAAAGCAAGCUGAAGCAAUCUAAAUUAAAAAGCGAAAAUCAUGUUGUAUAAUGAAUUCUACCUGCUUUUAGCAGGGUUUUUUAAAAUUAUGAAAAAUACAAUUGUCACCUUGACUUGGCAUGUCAAGUAACAUGGCCCAGUCGUCACGUAGACAAGGUGAAACCUCGU